UGUAGUGUGUGUGAGAGAGAAAGAGUUGAUCCUUGGGAAAUGUAGAGAGAGAGAAACAUGUGAAGUUCUGCAGAGUUGCCAAAACAGAUAAACAUGGUUUUCGCGGUAAAAAACAAAAACCCCUUUGAAAAAUCCCGGAAAAAAAGCCGACAAACCAGAGUUUAAAAAUAAAUUCCCAAAUUUCAAAGCAGCAUCACCCCCAUGUGGGGAUCGAUCUCCUCUUUCCUACUUAUACUUCAUCGUCUUCUUCACUUUAUUCAGUAUAACUGAAUAAAUUUGGAAUUUUUUGUUUAACUGGUUUUUGUUUUGAGGAUGUGGGAUUCGGAGUCGGAAUCGGUUGGAGGUCGAGAUUACGACAAUGGAGUCCUUUCGAGUAGCAAACCCGGUUUGCAGACAGAUGGUUUUGAGCAGAGAGGCAAAUCUUGGUUUGUUUCGACUGAUAUUCCGAGUGAUCUUGUAGUUCAGAUUGGCGAUGUCAGCUUCCAUAUACACAAGUAUCCUCUUCUUUCUCGGAGUGGGAAGAUGAACAGGGUGAUAUACGAAUCACCGCGCGACACGGACGUGAACAAGGUCGCCCUAAACGACCUCCCGGGUGGGCCCGAGUCUUUCGAACUCGCGGCCAAAUUCUGCUACGGAAUCGCGGUCGAUCUAACCGCGGCAAACAUCUCCGGACUGAGAUGUGCUGCAGAGUAUCUAGAAAUGACCGAAGAUUUAGAAGAAGGCAAUCUCAUAUUCAAAACCGAAGCCUUCCUCAGCUACGUCGUUCUAUCCUCGUGGAGGGAUUCCAUAGUUGUUUUAAAAAGCUGCGAAACUCUCUCCCCUUGGUCCGAGAAUCUCCAAAUCGUCCGAAGGUGCAGCGAAUCUAUUGCGUGGAAAGCUUGUGCUAAUCCGAAAGGAAUACGAUGGCAGUACACGGGAAAGCCCCCGAGAUCAUCUUCAAGCCCGAAAUGGAACGAAAUGAAAGAUUCCAGCCCGAGCAGGAACACGCAAGUGCCUCCAGAUUGGUGGUUCGAAGAUGUCACGAUUCUAAGAAUCGACCAUUUCGUGCGUGUUAUAACAGCGAUUAAGGUGAAGGGAAUGCGGUACGAACUCAUCGGUGCUGUGAUAACUCACUACGCAGCUAAAUGGCUCCCGGGUCUGAUCAAGGAGGGGGCCACGGCCCCCCUCGACGAGGGGAACAAUGUAAGUAAUAUUAGUAGUAGUAGUAGCUGGAAUGGUGGGCUCCACAUGAUUCUGUCUGGAAAUAAAGACGAUUUGCCGGCGGUUCAAGUUAAAGAUCAGAGAAUGAUUGUCGAGAGUUUGAUAAGUAUAAUCCCUCCACAGAGAGACAGUGUUUCGUGCAGUUUUCUUCUUAGGUUGUUGAGGAUGGCGAACAUGUUGAGAGUGGCCCCCGCUUUGGUGACCGAGCUCGAAAAACGGGUCGGCAUGCAAUUAGAGCAGGCUACGUUAGGGGAUCUUUUGAUUCCUUGUUACAACAAAAACGAGACGACGUACGAUGUCGAUCUUGUGCAGAGGCUUUUGGAGCAUUUCUUGGUUCAAGAGCAGUCUGAGAAUUCGAGCCCGAGUAGGCAUUCCUCGUCUUCUGAUAAUAAAAUGUACGAUGGUGGGUCCCACAGGGCAGGGGCUAUUAAUAAUAAUAAUCCAAACGCGAAGAUGAGAGUUGCGAGGCUUGUGGAUAGUUAUCUUACGGAGGUUUCGAGGGAUAGAAACUUGUCGCUUACGAAAUUUCAGGUUUUGGCGGAGGCUUUGCCUGAAUCGGCUAGGAGUUGCGAUGAUGGAUUGUACAGAGCAGUUGAUUCCUAUCUUAAGGCCCAUCCAACACUCACAGAGCACGAGCGGAAAAGGCUAUGCCGUGUAAUGGACUGCCAAAAACUCUCGAUAGACGCGUGCAUGCACGCCGCCCAAAACGAGCGGCUUCCGCUCAGAGUGGUGGUGCAGGUCCUCUUCUCCGAGCAGGUCAAAAUCAGCAACGCAUUAGCCACCGGCUCCCUCAAAGAAGCCGGAGAAUCGCAAUUUCAUCAUCAGCCAAUAGUAGCCAGCCGCAAAACGUUGCUCGAGGGUACCCCACAGUCAUUUCAAGAGGGUUGGGCCUCGGCAAAAAAAGACAUAAAUACCCUCAAGUUUGAACUCGAGAGUGUCAAGGCGAAGUAUUUGGAGCUCCAAAACGAUAUGGAGACUUUGCAGAGAGAGUUCAAUAAAGUGAGCAAACCGAAACAAUCGUCGUCUUCUUCGUCGGCGUGGGCCACGGGGUGGAAGAAGUUGAGCAAGCUGACUAAGAUGGCGGAGAAUAGCGAUAGUGGGUCCCACGUGGCGAAUGCGGAUCAGAAUAAAAAGGCUACUCGAAGGUGGAGAAAUUCGAUUUCUUGAUAAGGUGUCUUUAUUUUGUUGUCAUGGUUCUUCUUUUGGAUUUGAUUGAAAGUUUUUGCUUGGAAGAAUUUGAAUAGACACUUAAAACAGCUGAGUGUGUGUAAAAUUAUAUGUAUUUUGUAUCCUUGGAAAUUUUGGAAAAGAUUCUUUAUGUGGCUGCAAAAUUAUUUAUCUUCUUCA